AUGGCCCCUCCAUAUAACAAAAAUUUCAAGAGCAAAAACCCUUAUAUCAAUCGUAAAGAGUCAAAGAGCAUCGAAAUUAAGAAAUCUUUGGUUCAUCGUGCUAGACUUAGAAAACAAUAUUUCAAAGAGUUGAAAGAACAAGGGGAAGAAGUCCCAGAGAAACAAGAGACAUCAGAUAGAAAUAGAGAUAGAUCACAAUAUCAACCAAAACUUGAUUAUAAAGAAAGAGCAGAGAUUGCUAAAAAGAGAAAAGAAGAAGCACGUAAAGAAAGAGAGUUAAAGAGACAAGAAAGUAUAAAGAUUUCAGAAAAGAAAAAAAUAGAAAGGGAACGUAAAAAGGAUCAACUUUCCAAAAAGACUAGAUCAGGCCAACCUCUCAUGGGUCCUAGAAUCGCUAAUUUGCUAGAUAAAAUAAAAAAUGAUCAAUGA